AUGUCAUCUGGGCGAGUGCUGGGUUACGUUGGCGCCGCCACCGCUUUCUGCAUCCUCGUUAAACUCGCAUCGAUUCUCUACCCCCUUCUCCUACCUUCUCGCCUCUCUAAGUACAUACGAAAAGACAAGGACACGUACGCUCUCGUCACCGGAGCCACUGAUGGGAUUGGAUUGGGUUUCGCCCGCGAGCUCUGUCGGCAGGGCUUUGGGGUCAUUCUCCAUGGAAGGAACUCGCAGAAACUGCAGCACGUGCAGGAUACGUUGAAGAAUGAAUUUCCAGACGCAAAGAUUCGUCAAUUCGUUUGCGAUGCGGCCGUCUUAGCCCCUCCUAAGGUUUUCGACGACUUUGCUCGCGAGCUGGAUAAUCUGAACUUAACUGUUCUUAUCAACAAUGUGGGAGGUCAAGGGGGAGGCGAGGGCGGCCCAUAUCAGAGCUACGAUCAUUACACAAACGAUGACAUUGACCGAGUGAUUAAUGUCAAUGCUCGCUUCAUGACGCAACUAACACGGGUACUGCUACCCAUCCUCGAUCGCUGCGGACCUAGUUUAAUUCUCAAUAUGAGCUCGUUUGCCGCUGGAGGUAUUCCAUAUGUUGCUGUUUACAGCGCUACAAAGGGCUAUGUCAAAACAUUUUCAACGGCUCUGGGCAUGGAAAUGAAAAUGCAGAAGAAAAAAAUCGACGUGGUGGCUCUCAACGUUGCAGAAGUGCAGAGUGGUAGCCACCAAGUGCAGACAAAUUUUUUCAUUCCAACAGGGUACAACUUUGCGCGGGCCGCCCUAAAGAAUGUGGGCUACGGUAAUGGGACGGUAGAGGGCUGUUGGUCACAUGCGAUUCAAGGAAUAUUCGUUGGUAUGAUUCCAGAGUGGAUGAGGCAGAUGACUGUGAUGCAGGCCGUGAGCUCUAAAAUGGCAACAUUCGCUAAGCAAGCCAAGCACGUGGAGUGA